CAGUAGCAGCAGCAUCUCGUCGUCGCGUCGCGUGUUGAAAUAACAAAUUUGGUUGGGAAGAUAAAUAUUAUUCCUGUUUGUUCGUGUGUUCGAUAGAUGAGUGAAGUGUGCGUGUGUGUGUGUUAAAAAAAUUAUAAUUUAUAGUUUAUCAGUCUUUGGGAAGUUUGGUUUAUGCUCGUGUUUGGUGCGUGACAGCAUCUCGAAUUUGCCUCCCUUUUUUUGGGGUAGCCCACUUAGUAAGAUCGAUGGAUCGUCAAUGUCUUGUUUGCUGCGUUUGCGAAUGAAUUAUUUGUGCAACUUGUAAAUUGUAGUUAAUAGAAAAUAUUAAAAAAAAAAACAAAACAAGUGUGAACCGUGUUGGAAAACCGCGCAUUUAUUCAACCAACCAGACAAACAUCAGCAUCAGCAGCAGCAGCAGCAGCAGCACAUCAAGUGCGACAACCCUUAUCACCGAGCCCGACAUCAACAACCGAUCAAAAUCGAGCGAAAGCCGAUCGAGACGAGGUUUAAGCGAUAUAGGAGUAGUUGAGUCUCGUGUGGCCCACGGCGGUGGGGCCCAUAUUGCUGCGGUCCGCCCCUGAGCCGUUGCCACAUCGACACCACGAUUUUGCACCAGCACGCAAACACACAAUCGUAUCCUCCGAAAACACCACCGGCACAGGAGGAAAAACAAGCCCGUGAAAAAGCGGAAACCCCGUUCAACGGAACGGAAAAGAAAAGGAAACACUAUCUACUACUAUCCAGAAAACAAUCGGCCAUCUGCCGCUGCCGCGCCAGAAGUCGCGCACUGCAGGGGUGUAGAAGCGAGCGAAAACUCUUACCGGAGAGAAACAAAAUCAAGACAACCAAAACGGGAAAUUAACCCGCAAAGAUAGAAAAAAACCAACAGCCAAAAAAAAAAAAUAAGAAAACAAUAAUCGAGGACAUCACGCUCACAGAUAUACACUCACCCGUGACCAUCACCCAUAAACGCACUCACUGCGCCCUCCUUCAUUCUCACGAUUCGAAAAUGUCCCGCUCGACGGCAUCCAAUCAGCAGCGACGGCAAAGAUCAAGGUCCACCACACGCUAUGCCGACCUCGAGAAGCCCAAGAAGAAAAAGACACUCAGUUCCACGAGUUUAGUUUCGAUACCAAACACUAUAAAGUUAAGCAUGUUAAAUAGCGGUUUGCUGUCAUUAGAUAAAGUUAAACUGUCAGCGCGAGAUGAGAAAAAUCCCCUAUCGCAGACGAUGCCCGACAAACCGACCGAACUGCGACACUUUGCGAAGCUAUGCGAGCUGCGGCGCAAGUUCCCAAUACUCUACAAGCUCGAAUUCCAGACGGCUGUGAAGGUUGAAACCAACUCGUGCAAGCACGCCCUGCGCAAAGCCAAUGCACUCAAGAACCAGAAUCCCAAAUGCAUUCCAUACGAUUACAAUAGGGUUGUUUUAGACAAGUACGAUAACACGCCGGACUCGGACUACAUCAAUGCGUCGUAUGUGGAUAGUUUACUUAAGCCAAACGCGUAUAUCGUAACGCAGGGACCAACGGAGGACACGGUGCUAGAUUUUUGGAGGAUGGUUUGGCAAGAAAACUGUAGCUGUAUUGUUAUGCUCACGAAGACGUUCGACUUUACAAAGGUUAUGUGUGUCCAAUACUGGCCACCGAACAAGGAGAAGGAGGAAAUCUACGGCGACAUGCACAUCACGAUACAGUCGGAGGAGGAGCUGGCGAAUUUUCACAUAAGAACGUUUAGGCUGUUUAAACUCAAUAAAGACAAUGUAAUGGCGGAGGAACGAUUAUUACUACAGUUUCACUACACCGAAUGGCAUUCACAUACCUGCCCUUUUUCCAAUGCAAUUCUCGAGUUUCGCCGGCGGGUCCGGUCCGUCGUGGGGACAAUCAUCAAAGCGAACAGCCGGAUCGGACCGAUGCUGGUGCACUGCAAUGACGGUGGGGGCCGAUCUGGCGUUUACCUCGCCAUCGACGCCAACAUGGAGCUGGCCGAGGAGGAGGACUCGUUUCACGUGUUCGGCUACCUGAAGAAGCUGCGCCAGUCGAGGAAAGGCCUUAUAGAGAAUGUGGAGCAAUACAAGUUUGUAUACGACACGCUGGAGGAGUUCAUUAUCUGCGGCAAUUCGUGGUUUCCGGUGACGGAGCUGUCGCAGCGGCUGAAGGAGAAGAGCCUCAAGGAUCCGGUCAGCAAGAUGAACUCGUACCAGCGCGAAUACGCCCAGAUCUGCAAGCAGACACCUCGGUUCACCAUCGGCGACUGUGCCGGUGGCCACCGCGGGGACAAUCGGGAGAAGAACCGCGACGUCCUCUGUGUACCACCUGACAACUUCCGUCCUUACCUUAGCUCGUUUCAGGGAAAUUCAUUUACCGACUACAUUAACGCCGUGUUCGUUGACGGCUACACGAAACCGCGGGAAUAUAUCGUCACGGAAUGGCCCCUCCAGAAGACGUGCGGUGAAUUCUGGUCCCUCGUUUACGACCACGAAUGCUCUGCCGUCGUCGUGCUCUGCCAGCCGCCGCACAAUUCGCAACAAUAUCCUGCCUUCUGGCCCGAGGGUCGUCACUCGAAAAAGUACGGACCGGUGUUCACCAUCGAUCAUAUUUCGCACCAGCACUAUUCCAACAUCAAGUCGUGGAUCUUCCGGAUCAACAAAAAGGUCAUCUCGCUGACGGAAUUGAUGGCGGGCGUAAAGGCACCGCCGAGAACGGUGCAGCUCUUCCAGCUCACCUGCUGGCCGAUGGGUCACAAGGUUCCCACGUCCACCAACUCGCUGGUCGAGCUGAUGAAUAUGGUUGAGCGAUGGAGACAGAAAACCGACUACGGUCCCGUUUGCGUCGUGUCACCCGAUGGCCGCAGUCGAGCCGGUGUGUACUGUGCUGCCAACGCCUGCAUAGAGCAAGUUAUACAACAUGGCGAGGUGGACGUAUUCCAGGCUGUCAAAACCGUACGAAGGCAUCGGCCGCAACUCGUAGAUAAUAUGACUGAAUACAAAUACUGCUACGAUCUAGUGCUGCACUACGUGUUGCAUUAUCUAAAUAAAGACUUGAAAGAAAAGAAGUGA